AUGGCGAUGUACAAGGACAGCAGCCCGAUUGCUGAGAACAGCUCCUGCUACGAACUGGACCCUCUGAAGUACAGGCUGGUCAUAAGGGAUCUGAGAGCAAAGCAUGCUGGGAACUACACCAUAUCCCUGAGCAACGCUAAGCACGGCCUCUAUGAAAACCUCACCAGUCGUCUGGUUGUAUUGGAGAGACCCAAAAUUUAUGAAAAGGAGACAGAUUUAGACAAGAACAAAGACCAAGACCUGUUCACAAAAGGGGGAGAAUACAGCCUCAAGUGCACAGCAAGCGGGACACCUCUUCCCAGCAUCCAGUGGGCGUGGGAGGCGUGCGGCCCUCAAGACAACCUCUGCCAAGAACAGGGGCGAAGAACAGCAGUGAACCAAAUCACCGGCCACGGAGCCAACACAAUCAAGAGCAUAGAGGAAAAGCAUGUCCGGCAAGGUGACAAGGAUAAGAUCAUCAGCAUCCUGACAGUCACAGCAAGCAAUGUCUCAGGGAUCUACUUCUGUAUUGCUUCUAACAAGGUUGGCACAGACGAAAGAAGCAUCAGGUUCUAUGUCUCAGAUAUGCCAUCCAAACUUCAGACGGAUCAGCAGAUCACUGCGAUCGUGGCGAGCAAUGUUCAGAUGACUUGCAAAGCCAACAAGUACCUCUACAACCACCUCUCUUGGUAUGAUCCCACCUCGCAGGCCAUUCCUGUCGCCUUGACCCGGCAGAAGGUCGAUAACUACUCCAUUUCCUUGAUGCUGGAUAUUCAGAAUGUUUCGCAGGCCCAUGCCGGGCUGUACAAGUGCAGAGCCCGAAGUCAUCUGACCAGCACUGAGGAGCUGGAGAAAAGUACCUUGCUCCGCAUCAAAGACCUUGGCAUGAGCAGAGCAGAGUGCAUCCGCACCUUCCUCAUUGUGCCACGCCAAGCAGUCACUCGGGUAGCUUGA